CUUCUUCCCUUUUCUUCUUCCAUCUUUCAAGAAGUGAAAGAAGAGAAGGAAAAAAACAAGAAUUGAAUUUAGUGAUUAAAAUUGCAACAAAAUUCAUUUUCUCUCAUGUUAAUCAACAAGAGAAGAUGAUUAUUUACCAGAAAGAUUAAUCAAUACUCGGAGUGAUCAACGAAAAGCCAUCAUAAAAACAGUGAAUCAAAAUCAUUGUUGUGAUCGACCUUCUUAACCUCUUCCCUUUCAAGUCUGACUGUUGGUUCAAUCUUUUGGUUAAAUUGUUAACCAAAAGAAGAAGAAAUAAUUGAAAUAAAUAUUUGUCUAUUACAAUUGUUGAUGGUUAACCAUCACUUUGACCUCAGUAAUCAUAGCUGGUUGAUAUGAACAUCAAAUUGACAAAAGCUUAUCAAUUGGUACCAAACCCUUUAAUGUGUAUUUUAUUAACAAUGUUAAGUCUUUUUCCCCUUUUUCAACCUGUAAUCAGCUCAAUGAAACCAUCAACUUCAUCAAAUGAAACCGGUAAUUCUGUUCACUCCAAAUCAACGGUAAACCCAAAAGAUCAACCAACAUCAUCAUCAUCUUAUGAAGGUAAUCACAUUUUCAAAUAUCAUUGCAGUCCAUGGAUCGAGGAAAAGGUCUGGAACAAGGUUCAUCCAAAAGCAAGAGCAACCUGUCCAAACGAGCCAAAUGGUUGUUCAAAGGGUAAACCAGGAAAACCCAAAAAGCCAGUUGAACCAUCUGAUUCAAUGUUGGAUGAUGUUUCAUCUAAAGACCGUUUAAGUGAUACAAUUAUUUUAGAUGAUUCAAAGUUACCUUCAACAGCUUCAACUAAAACAUCGAAAAUUAGUGAAAAUCGUAUUUCAAUGUGGCCAACUCAUCCACUUCCAAGACGAAUGUCUGACAAUUUAAGUCCAUCUGUUUGUGGUUACACUGGGUCAAACACUGUUAACGAUACCUUAGAUUGGAUGCAAGAUUAUCUUCACAUGAUGAGAAGCUACAAUUAUGCUGAGUGCCUUUUGCUUGACAAUUCGACAAUCGAUUCAAUUUGUUCGUUUAAACCAAAUAAACGAAUUGAAAAGAUUAAAUCUUUCAACUUGGCCCAUUGUGAUCGCUAUCCAUUGGUCAAUGUAUUAUCAGACGAUGCUUGGGCUAAACUAAUCUCAUCAAACACCUCACUGUGUGUCAAUGUGCUCCAAGAGCUCAACCUGCUAGACUCUUUUGCUAAAAAAAUUUACUGCCAAUUUGAAGAGUUACUGUCAAGGUAUAAAUGUGAUUCCUACUCCAUCAAAGGCACUUGCUCAGCUUGUAAGAAAGCUUACAAGGAAUGGGUUUGCUCAAUGGUUUUACCCUUUUAUUUUGAUGGCAUUUACAUUAAACCUUGUCGAUCUUUUUGUGAAAAAGUGGAACAAAAGUGUCCUCAUCUUCAUCCCGCCACAACUUAUGCCGGUGAACCCGUUUUUAUUUGCAUAGAUCCAAAAAUUCCAUACUUUAGAAAUUCUUCCAACAUACCUUAUGGUCCUCCAAGUGAAUGCUAUGAAUCCUGCCAUCUUGCCAAUGAAACUGACCUUUACUCUGACAAAGUUGACCGAUCAAGCUGUCCAUCAUAUGAAUCACUUUUAGCCAAUGUUUUGAAGCAAAGUUUAAAGGAAGAAAUGGAUUAUUGGAAAGGUGAUUCAAUUGAAAACAAUUAUUCCCAAGCAUCAUCUUUUGAAUCAAAUAAAAGUACCACUGGAUUGAACAAAGUAAACAAAAUUGAGGAAUCUAAAGGUUCCAAGUUACAGGAAAAGGUAACAGUGAAUGUUCAUGUUCGCCGGUCAAGUUCAUCUUUUAGUUUAACCUCAAAGGCGUUUACUUCCUCGUCGUUGCCACCAUCAACAUCUUUACCUUUAUUGGACAGAAGACCAAGAGAUCGGUUAACAGAGACGGUGGAUAGUGUAACAACCGAUGCUGGAGCCAAUUUGGAUUCGGGUUUACACAAGUCUCCUGGUAAUGGAAUCUAUGAAGGUGAAGGUCUUGAUGGACGUUCAUAUGUUCAUGAUCAUGUUCAAUCAAUGACACUUCCUUUGGAUGAUGAUGGAAGUGACGAUGAAGGUGAACGCGAUGAUGAUUCAAUUUCAACCACUUCCACAGCCUCAUCGACUCUUCCCUCUGUUUCACCUUCAACUCAUUUCUCUGUUCAAUCUUCCCUUUCCAAUGCUCAUUUAAAUUUAGCCCUUUCAAAUGUUUACCAUUUCUAUCUCGCAAUUUACCUUUUAGGCUUAGCAAGAUGACAAUUUAUCACACAAUUGAACAUUCAAAUUUUUCUUUCUAAUCUUUUUUCCAUCUUUUCACUUGCAACCUGUCUAGUUGUAUAGUUAAACAUCAAUGUUGAUUAAAUUAAAUAAACAAAUGAUUCUAUUCUUGUAAACAAAAUAAACUCUUCAAGUCAA